AUGCUGCCUGACCUUCUCGACGAUCUCAUACGCGUCAGCAUCGCCGCUCGGUUGCCGGAUCUCGCUGAUCUGUCGAGUCUGGCCGCGGCGAGCCGCCGCAUGCGCGCCCUCCUUCUCACGCGCGUUCAGCGCGGCCACGCAGUUCACCGCACGUCGCUCGAGCGUCUCGCCGAGAACCUCAGGGCACUCGUGACAAGAGAGAACUUAACGACAUCACAAUCACAGCUCGCCCAUGCAGAGAUCGCCGCGAUCGCCGAGGCGCUGCGCGGCAACGGGGUGCUGACCAAGCUUAACCUCGCCCGCAAGAACAUCCGUGACGAGGGCGCCACCGCGAUCGCCGAGGCGCUGCGCGGCAACGGGGUGCUGAAAACCCUCUACCUACGCGAGAACCGCAUCGGCCCCAAGGGCGGCGUCGCGAUUGGCGAGGCGCAGAUUCUGCAAGUGCUGCGGGUUAUCGAUAACAAAAAGCUCCUGGUGCUCUUUCUUCUGGCGCUCAAGAGAUUCUGCAAAAACCUCAACCUCUACUACAACAACAUCGGCGACACGGGCGCCAUCGCGAUCGCUGAGGCUCUGCGAGGCAACGGGGUGCUGACCAACCUCGACCUCUUUCGCAACGUUAUCGGCCCCGAGGGCGCCGUCGCGAUCGCCGACGCCCUGAGCGCGAGGCAGCGUUGGAAGCGCAUAACCGACAGGUGGGAGAAGGCUGACACCAGGCAGGCCGACGAAGCGGAGCUCAUCGAAGCGUCGUGA